AUGUCCCGCCUCCGCGCCUACAUCGCCCUCGGCUCCAACCUUGGCCGCCGCGCCGCCAACAUCCGUGCGGCGGUCCGGCAGCUAUCGCGCGAGUUUGAGCUCGAGGCCACCGCGUCGCUCUAUGAGACGGCUCCAGCUUAUGUCGACGACCAGCCUCCCUUCCUCAACACGGUCGCCGCGGUGCGCGCGAGCUGCUCGCCGCGCGAGCUGCUGGCAACGCUCAAGCGCAUCGAGGUGGAGGUGGGGCGCCUUCCCUCAGCUCGCUGGGGCCCUCGCGCCAUCGACCUCGACCUCGUCCUUUACGGCGACCUGCAGCACUCGGACGCGUCGAGCGGCGACGCGGCGCCGAGCCUUCCGCUCGAGCUCCCGCACCCGCGCAUGGGAGAGCGGCGCUUUGUCCUCGAACCGCUCGCCGAGAUCGACCCGGCAGCGCGCCACCCGCGAUCCGGCGCCACCGCCGCCGCGAUGCUCGCGGCGCUGCCGCCGGAGGACGCGGCGCCGCUGCAGCGGGUCUGCCCGCUCGGGUCGGACGACGACGAGGGGCUCGUGCGGUGGGGUCGGCGCACGCUGCUGAUGGGCGUCCUCAACGUCACGCCCGACUCGUUCUCUGACGGAGGCCGCUUCGACUCUGCCGCCGCCGCCACAGCGCACGCCCUCGAGCUCGAGGCUGCGGGCGCAGACAUAAUCGACGUCGGCGCCGUGUCGACGCGGCCGGGCGCGGUGGCCGUCUCGCCGGAGGAGGAGCUGCGCCGCGCCGCGCCCGUGGUGCAAGCCCUCCACGCCUCGCCGCUCCGUGCCCCAAUCUCUGUCGACACGAGCUGCGCCGCCGUCGCCGCCGAGCUGGCUGCGCUCGGCGCGCGCGUCGUCAACGACGUGAGCGGCGGGGCGAUGGACCGCGAGAUGCUGCCGACGGUCGCGCGGCUCGGCCUGCCCGCCGUGCUGAUGCACAUGCGUGGGGACCCCGCCACGAUGGCCUCGCACGCGCGGUACGACGACGUCGUGGCUGACGUGAGGAGCGAGCUUGCGGGCCGGCUCGCGGCGGCGCAGGCGGCGGGCGUGCCGAAGUGGGACCUGAUAGGCGACCCGGGCAUCGGCUUUGCGAAGACGGCGCCGCAGAGCCUCGCCCUCCUCCGCUCUCUCCACCGCUUUGGCCUCUCCUCCGCCUCUGCCGCCGCCGCCGCGUCGGACGCCCUCGACUACCCGCUCCUGGUCGGCGUCUCGCGAAAGUCGUUCCUCGGCGCGGCGGUCGGUGUGGAGCUGCCGCCGCAGGAGCGCGCGUGGGCGACCGCCGCCGCGUGCGCCGCGUCGGUGCCGCACGCCGACAUCCUGCGCGUGCACGACGUAUCGCAGAUGCGCCAUGUGGCGGCCGUCGCCGACGCGAUCCACCGAGGUGGCGGCGCUCCGCCGGCUUCCACCGACAACCGGUGA